UGUGGUGGCCUCUCGAUGAUGGAGGAGAUUGUGCAGCCACUCUCAGAUCCAGCUGAGAUCAAGGAUGUUCUCCAGCACUUCAAAACCAAAAGACUGCACGCAAGAAACAAUGAGCAAUCUCAGAGAGUUAUCAGUGAAAUGUCCAUUCCUCCUUCAGCUGAAGUAGUUUGUUUGCCUCAUCCACUUGCACAAGAAACUGUCUUGCCUGCCAUUACCUUUGAACAUGAGGAAACUUUGCCCCCUACCUCCAUCGCACAAGAGACGAUUAUCAUCGAAUCAGAAGGCACAGAGAACCAAUCAGAAUCUGAUCAAGCAGCCAUUCGCCAUAAUGAGCCCGUCUCAGAGUUACACAGAAGAGGCUGAGCCUUUAGUGGACAGUGAGGAGUUCACAGCAAUAGCUGCCACUGAAGAAGCAGAGGAAGGCUUACAAGAAGAAGAGGUACUUUGUGAAGAGAAAGACUCGGGCGUCUGUGAAGUCCAACAGAUCUACCUGACCACGGACGGCUCCACCGUGGUGGUGUCAGAGUUUGAGAACGAGGGAGAGGAGGCGACUCAACUGCAGUUUCUAGAUCAGUCAGAGAUAGUGGAAACGUCUGGUGUGAGGCAAGUCAGUUUAGAGCAGUGGAUCUCAGAAUUAACUGGAAAGGGCAUCUCUCUUCCAGUUUUGCCUCCAACUCCUGUUGAGAUUGUGAGGGAGGAGACCAUCUACGUCCCUGCAAUAGAAAGACCACCGUCUGUGAAGUCCAUCAUCCAUAGAAAGAGCAGUCCACCUCGAGCCACAGUUUCCAAAAAGACAGCGGCCAUUCCCUCCGAGUCCCAGACAACACAGGAGGAGAAAAGACACAGCUGUCCUGACUGUCACAAACAGUUUCGCUUUGAAUGCCUGCUGAGGAAUCACAUGCGUACUCACACGGGCGAGCGGCCGUUCCAGUGUUCAGACUGCGGCAAAAGCUUCAGGUGCCUCAGCUUCUUGACCAAUCACAUCAAAACGCACUCCCUCACCAGACCGUUCAAAUGCAUGCAGUGCAUCAAGACCUUUCGAAAGAAAGCAGACCUCAUCAAACACAUCCGUGUGCACACUGGCGAGAAACCAUACAAGUGUACCAUCUGUGGCAAAAGCUUCUCCCAAGGCUCAUACUUGAAGAUUCACCGCGAAUGCCACACCUCAGAGAACCUACACCAGUGUCCUCACUGUGACAAAAGCUUCCCGACUGCAUUUAAGCUGUCCAUUCACGUUCGCUACCACUCCAUGGAGCGCUCGUACCAGUGUAACCAAUGCGGGAAGAGCUUCAUCUACGCCAGCCUCCUUCGAAGACACAAAGGUUAUCAUGCAGGCGAGCGGCAGUAUCUGUGCUCCAUCUGCGGCAAGUCCUUCGUCUACAUGUUUGACUUGAAAAAGCACCAGCGCAACCACGAGAGACCGCGGAUCAAGAUCCCGUGCACCCUUUGUAACAAGACGUUUGCGGGACCCGAGAUGCUGAGGUGCCACUUGCGCAUACACACCGGAGAACGUCCAUUCCGCUGUAAGAUCUGCGGAAAAGCCUUCUCUCAGAUCGGGAACAUGAAGAGACAUGAGCGCGUGCACACGGGCGAGAGGCCGUUCACCUGUGAAAGAUGUGGGAAGACGUACAAGCACUCGUCUCACCUGAAGAACCACAUGCUCAGCCACACGGGCGAGCGGCCGUGGCAGUGCUCUCAUUGCGGGAGGAGCUUCAAGUUCCCUGGGCCCCUUAAGAAGCAUGAGACGAACUCACUUGAGCGAACGAGGAAAUCGUAGAAGGAGCUGUGACCAAACACGUAGCCGCGUGAAACCAGACCCCAAAAGCCCUUAAUUGAAUAUAGGGCUCUUGUAGUUUAACAAUGAUCAGCUGACACAUGAUUAACCAGUCAUUACUUUAAAAGGUAAUACAAUUUUGUUGUCUACACCAUGCUUUAUGCAACCCAUAAAUUAAAUUGCACAUGGAAA